CGCGCGCGCCCGGUAACUGAAUCGCACUCUGGGAUACGAAUGAACGCUGGGCGCCGGGCAUGAAGACCACAUCGCAAUUCAAGGUCGGAAAUUUAACGAGUUCACGAUCGCGAGGGGAGCUCUCGGAAUUGAACGGGAAAUUUCACUUUUUAUCCGGAUUGUGUUUGCUUCAUAUCUCUAAAGAGGAAUCUCGCUGACAAUGGCGACAUCAUCACCUCCAACCAAAGAUUCCUGCGUUCCGCUGCCUCUAGAUCCCGAGGUCUUAAAUGAUCUCCAGGCGUCCUCCAAGGACUGGGCCCUGACCCACGGUCUGGUAGUCAUGUACAUGGCGCCCGAUCAGAUCUGUUGUCCAGACCGUAUCACCUACGUCCCGCAUACUCUGCUGCCCUCGCCUGUCCCGCGACGAUUGUUUGAGAGGAUGGUGAGCCUACAGCCACACAUCAACCUGUUGAUGCAUCGAGUGGCCGAGGAUAGAGAAUUUAUGACUUCGGCCCUCAAGAGCACGAUAAAAGUGGAUGAUUUUACGGCAAAGCUGUUCGAAAUCUAUGAGGAAAUGCAUCAAGCAGGAUAUACAAAGCCUGUCAAGUUAACCCUGCUUCGCUCAGACUACAUGAUAGAUACAACCAGUCCACAGCACGCCAUGAAGCAGAUAGAGAUUAACACCAUGGCCAGUAGCUUUGGCGGUCUGUCAGCCAACUUGACUCAUCUGCACAAAUAUACGCUGGGCCUACAUUCAUCAGAAGACAACUUUGAAGUUAACAUUCCCGAGAAUAAAUCAGUGGAAGCAUUGGCGGAAGGAAUGGUAAAAGCAUGGCAACUCUAUGGAAGACGAGAGGCCGUGGUUUGUUACAUGGUAUGCUGUCCAGAGCAGAACAUUUUCGAUCAACGCUUGCUGGAGUUUAUGAUGAAGAAGAAGGACUCCGGUAUCAGGGUCAUUCGUCGAAGCUUAACUGACGUGGGAAAGAGAGGCCGUCUUUCGGAAGACAGACGAUUAUUUGUAGAUGGGUCAGAGGUCGCCGUGGUGUAUUACCGAGUCGGUUACGUCCCAUCCCACUUCUGCUGUGGUGAAAAGGCAUGGGAUGCCAAGCUCCUAGCAGAGAAGUCCUUGGCAGUGACGUGUCCAUCUAUCGACUGGCAUCUGGCUGGCACCAAGAAGAUUCAACAGGAGCUAUCUCGACCUGGAGUCUUGGAGAAAUUCUUGGAUAAUCCGGAGAUCAUUGACGAUAUCAGGGCCACGUUUGCUGGACAGUAUCAUCUGGAACUGAAUGAGGAAGGUGAUGCGGCAGCAGCGAUGGGAAUCCAGAACCCUGAGGGAUACGUCUUGAAACCACAACGAGAAGGCGGAGGUAAUAAUUUCUAUGGGGAAGAGUUGAGCCAGAAACUGCGAGAGUUGGAAGGGAAGGAGGAGCGAGCCGCCUACAUACUGAUGGAACGCGUUCAACCUCAGGUUGUCUCCAAUUACGAAGUACGAGGAAAUCAGCCUGUUGAAAUGAAAGACAUGGUCAGUGAACUGGGGAUCUUUGGAAUAUUUGUCAGCAAAGGCAGUGACACUGUUUUGAACACAUCAGCCGGUCAAUUACUGCGGACCAAAAACAUCAAAACAGACGAGGGUGGAUUAAUGACUGGUUCGUCAUGUAUGGACAGUCCGUAUCUUGUGUGAUUGGAGGUGGAUAGAACAGGGACAGAACAGAAAAGGGGAAACUACUCAGGAGCACAGAUUGAAAGCUGAGUAUAUUGGGUCUAUGCACGAUCUAUAGAGGGCGACAUACAGACCAUUAGACUGGUUCCCAGUCCUUUGUUCAUCAAUUCUGACUCCGAAUGUAUGAACUGGUACCGUCUAAUUGAAUUUACAUACGCUGUGAAAAAUUCCUCCCAGUGUCUGCUAAACAAAAAAAAUUCCCCACAAUGCAAUGAGCCUUGAUCUUUUUCUAUUAUCUCAUUUUGACCUCCUAGUUUACUGUAUUUUGUUCAGAGAUUUUAAUGCCUUGGGUGUAGGCAGAGAGAACCGUGAACAUCAUUUACAUUUUUGGCAGGCACACAUGCCCUGAAAUUUGGACGUCUUUAUGUUUACUGUGACUAGCUUGCGCUGGCAAUUAAUUGGUCCAUGCCGAGAGCGCAGUAGUAUUCUUUGAUCAAAUAGCAUUUUUAUGUAUGCAUGAAACUUAAACACCACCUCUAAAACUAGAACGUUCACUUGCACUAUGUUGUCCAAUUAGAAGCGUUAAAUGCGCGGUGGCUACUGACCCCCAUUAUUUUAUGGAAAACGGAACCAGUAUAAUAUACUAAUAAGUUUUCUCUGCACAAAUUUCGCAUUGGAUCGUUUCAAAAGAAAGUAACAGUCAGUACCUUUUUUUUCUACACAUACUGAGAUUAUCCAAUUAUUCCCACCUCUAUUGACGGGUUAAAUUUUUAAUUUGACAUUUAUUCAUACCAGGGAUUCAUAGUUUAUGUUUUUGAGAGAUUGAAUUAAUUUGGUGUUCUUUAGAAGGGUUAAGUAUAGAGGUAUUCCUGAUAGAUAUUU